CCACUCUAAGCCCAUCUUCCCUCCCUGCUCGAGGCUGAGCAGGGGCAUCCUGCCCUCUGCCUCCUGCUUCCCAGCCCAUGGGGGCCCAUGAGUCACUGGGGCAAGGACCAGGCCAGACCCCUGUCCCUGAUCCCCCACCCCGAUCAGCCCCAGGGGCAGCUGGUUGGGGUUUGUCCAGGAGGAUUAUCCAGAUCAGUCCCCUCUAAUCUCAGCUCCUGCUGCACCCUCCGGGUCGAAGCCCUCUUCCCCCCACCCUCCUCGGGACCACACAGUUGAGGGUCAGCAGCAGGGCCAUCUACUGCCCUCACAUCCUGGCUCCUGGCCUGGGCUGGCCACUAAGCAUCUCCCGACUGCCAAGUUUGUGGCCACAGGUAGAGGCCAGGCCUGGGGGCCCUCACAGGGACUGCUCCUCUGCUCCCUCCCAAACCCUAGUCCCUAAUCCUCACAGCUUUGCUCUGAUCCGAGGGCCUGAUGCUCUUAUCUCUGCCUGCAGACUGAGCAGGGAGGGACCCUUCACACAUACACACACCCCACACCGGCUGGCUGGUGUGUGGCCACCCGUCUCUGCUCCACACUCCUGCUCCUGCCCCUCCUCCGGCCGGACCCAAGUUUCUAGAGCCACAGCCUCCCCCUCCCUGGCCUCACCCCCACCCCUGCCCGCCGAUUUCAUUUGCCUGAUGUCAUUGUCCCCGGCCCUACCCCUGCCUGUCAGUGCCCCCCUCCUAACUGGGGCCAGGCCAGGCCAGGCCAGCUCCUCUGGCAGCAGAGCUGAGGCUGGUGACAGGCAGGGUUCACAGCUGAGGGAGCAGGGAGGCGCCUGGAGCCAGAGCUGCAGCUGGAAACCCGGGAGAGGUCCACCCAGAGCACAGGAGCUGGAGCCACCCCUUGACCUGUCCACCAUGGGGGAGAUGGAGCAGCUGAGGCAGGAGGCGGAGCAGCUCAAGAAGCAGAUUGCAGAGGCCAGGAAAGCCUGUGCUGACAUCACCCUGGCAGAGCUGGUGUCUGGCCUGGAGGUGGCAGGACGAGUCCAGAUGCGGACACGGCGGACGUUAAGAGGGCACCUGGCCAAGAUCUAUGCCAUGCACUGGGCCACUGACUCCAAGCUGCUGGUAAGUGCCUCGCAAGACGGGAAGCUGAUCGUGUGGGACACCUACACCACCAACAAGGUGCACGCCAUCCCGCUGCGCUCCUCCUGGGUCAUGACCUGUGCCUACGCACCGUCUGGGAACUUUGUGGCGUGCGGGGGCCUGGACAACAUGUGUUCCAUCUACAGCCUCAAAUCCCGCGAGGGCAAUGUCAAGGUCAGCCGGGAGCUCUCCGCCCACACAGGUUACCUCUCCUGCUGCCGCUUCCUAGACGACAGCAGCAUCGUGACCAGCUCUGGGGACACCACGUGCGCCCUGUGGGACAUUGAGACCGCACAGCAGAAGGCCGUCUUCGCGGGGCACACGGGCGACUGCAUGAGCCUGGCCGUGUCUCCUGACUCCAAGCUCUUCGUCUCGGGAGCCUGCGAUGCCAGCGCCAAGCUCUGGGACGUGCGCGAGGGGACGUGCCGCCAGACCUUCACUGGCCACGAGUCGGACGUCAACGCCAUCUGCUUCUUCCCCAGCGGAGAGGCCAUCUGCACCGGCUCGGAUGACGCCUCCUGCCGCCUGUUUGACCUGCGGGCAGACCAGGAGCUGACUGCCUAUGCCCACGAGGGCAUCAUCUGUGGGAUCACGUCCGUGGCCUUUUCGCUCAGUGGCCGCCUGCUCUUCGCAGGCUACGAUGACUUCAACUGCAACAUCUGGGACUCCAUGAAGUGCGAGCGCAUGGGCAUCCUUUCCGGUCAUGACAACAGAGUCAGCUGCCUGGGGGUCACAGCUGAUGGGAUGGCCGUGGCCACUGGCUCCUGGGACAGCUUCCUCAAAAUCUGGAACUGAGGAGACUGGCGGAGGGAGGCAGAAGGCAGGAAGAUGCUCAGCAGCGCCUCCCACAUCCAGUCUUUUCAAGUUCUCGCUUUUGUCCCAGGGGUCGGUCCCACUAGGGAGGCAGCAGCAGGGACACAGGGCAAAGAACUGCCCUAUCUCCUCCACGGACUCCUCAUGGCCUCUCCCUGCACGAGUGAGGGCGGCCGAUCCCUCACCUACCCUUUGCCGCCCUCGGCCAAGCCAGGCCCUGGCCCUAGUCCCUGGAAAGUACAAGACAUCAGCCCUGAGACUAUGGCUCUAGGCUCCUCCCCUUCUCCUUCAUGCCUCCUCCUUUCCAACCUUCUCUCCCAAAGCACCUGCAAUAAAGGACAGCACCUUGGUUCCUCCGUGCUGAUCGGC